UUACCCAAAGAAUCUGUCCCCUUCGAUGGACACGCACAGAGAGAGGGAGACAGAGAGAGAGGUCUGCUGUUACGCUCACUUCCUCAGUCCCUCGUCUUGCUGCUUGUACUACGUACGCACAGACAGAUACAGAGCAGAGAGAGAGAGAGAGCAGACGGAGCAAUGGCUAGUGUUGGAAGCGGAGUGAACUUGGAGGAUGUCCCCUCCGUGGACCUCAUGUCGGAGCUCCUCCGCCGCAUGAAAUGCUCUUCCAAGCCCGACAAGCGCCUCAUCCUCAUAGGCCCACCGGGAUCAGGAAAGGGUACUCAAUCGCCCAUCAUCAAGGAUGAGUACUGCUUGUGCCACCUUGCCACUGGUGACAUGUUAAGGGCUGCUGUUGCUGCUAAGACACCUCUUGGCCUCAAGGCUAAAGAGGCCAUGGACAAGGGAGAACUCGUCUCCGAUGACUUGGUUGUCGGGAUUAUAGACGAAGCCAUGAAGAAGCCUUCUUGUCAAAAGGGUUUCAUUCUCGACGGGUUCCCUAGGACCGUGGUGCAAGCCCAGAAGCUUGAUGAGAUGUUGGAGAAGCAAGGUGUCAAGGUCGAUAAGGUGCUCAACUUUGCGAUAGGCGAUGCAAUCUUGGAGGAGAGGAUUACUGGCCGUUGGAUCCACCCAUCCAGUGGCAGGACUUACCACACAAAGUUCGCCCCUCCAAAGAAUCCUGGAAUCGAUGAUAUCACCGGAGAACCUUUGAUCCAACGCAAGGAUGACACUGCAGCUGUUCUGAAAUCAAGACUGGAGGCAUUCCACAAGCAAACUGAACCGGUCAUAGAUUACUACUCGAAGAAGGGAAUCGUUGCGAAUCUUCCUGCAGAGAAACCUCCCAAGGAAGUAACAGCUGAGGUUCAGAAAGUGCUUUCUUCAUGAAGGAAAGGUUGUACUCAGCUCAGAAGACCCUUGAUUGAAUGAACUCUAGAAAUUGCAUAUCGAUAUAUAUACCAUUGACGCACUCGAAUUUCGCUUCUUCUUCUUUUUUUUUUUUUAUAUAUAUUUUUUCUCUCUUCUUUUCUUUUCAAAUUGUAUUCUACAACAGAGUGCAGCGGCUGAUUUUGACCUAGUGAGAUUUUUUUCUGACCCUCUGCCUAGAAUAAAGAUGUGAACGGUUUGCUUCAGACGCAUAAUGUGAAGUUACUCCCGUAUUCCCAAAUCACAAAA